AUGACGGGGCAGCCGCUCGACCUCGGCCGUCGCGAGUCCAUAACGGACGGCGGCGAGGAAGGCAAUUUCUCAGACGACCAGAUGAUUCCGGACCAGGACGACGCCCAGGCCGUGUUGCAGCCGGCCAUGAGCGCCGCGGCGAGCCACCUGACUUCGUUGUGGACGCCGGCCAUUGAGAAGGCGGCUGCUAUGCAACGCCCCGGAGCCAAUGGGUUUUUCGACGAGCCGGAGCUCAUUGUGUCUGGAGACACGACGCCAAAGGCUGCAACGUCGCCCAAGUCCGGCUCGCCUCCACGCACCCAGCGGAAGCCCAUCAUUCAGCUGGAUUCGGCGCCUUCGCCCAAGAGCGAAGCCAGACGCUAUGGCCCUCCGUCCCCGUGGAAGUCGCAGCAGCACGGCAAGGACUCAAGACCCUUGAGCGACGCCCGCGGGAUCUUGCACGCCGCCUUUGAGCCCACGCGCCAGCGGUCGAGGUCAGCCGGCCAGGAAGCCUUGAAGAAGCUCCAGCAGGCGUUUCCCUCGCUCAGCACGCCGUCCAACUUUCUCCCGUCGCUGUCUAGGCCGCGGUCGUUUCUAUCGAGCUUCACCGACGGCAAGCACCAGCGCAGUCGCUCGGUCGCCUCUCGACGUCGGGGCCAUGCUUCUGUUUCUCAGUCUCCCUCCAACUCCCCUCCACCUCACACCUCAGCAGAUGCCGGCGCCGGCUCCGAAGCGCUGCGGCCGCCGCUGCUACGCAGGACAACGUCCGACGACAGCAUGCUGUACCACAGCCUGUCGCGCGCGUCUUCGCUGGGCGACGACAACCGCUUCACCGACGUCCGCGAGCAGGUCAACGUGCGCUUCAUGGCCAUCAAGGACAGCCUGCCGGACGUGCCCAACUUCAAGAUGCCCAGCAUGCCGACGCUGGCCAAGCUGCAGGCCGUGUCGCGGCGGUCCACCAUUUCGCUCAACAACAUCUUUUCCAACGAGCCGGCGACGCAUUCCAAGCCGCAGCUGGAGCAGGACAAGGAGAGGGACAAGGACAAGGACAAGGACAAGGACGACUCGGAGCGCCUCGACCGCGUGCUGGCGGAGCUGACGGGCGACAUUGUCGUCAUGGGCGGCUACCGCGGCUCCAUCCUGCGGUCCGCCGAGCCCCCCCAUCAGCAGCUGUGGGCGCCGGUCAAGCUCGGGCUCAACAUGCGCAAGGCGAACCUCGAGGUGGGCCUGGACGACGAGGACGAGGAGACGAUGGAGGAGCGCAUCAUCCCGUCGGGCAUGCUGCAGCACAUUGGCCCCAUUGACAUCUCGCGCAAGUUCUUCAAGAAGCUGCGCUCGUGCGAGAACGCGCGGACGGGCCGCCUCCGCGUCUGGGACUACGGCUACGACUGGCGGCUGAGCCCGGCGCGGCUGUCGAAGCGGCUGCAGGACUUUCUCGCGACGCUGCCGUCGAACCAGCCCGGCGUCCCGGCCGAGUCCCGCGGCGCCAUCGUCGUCGCGCACAGCCUGGGCGGCCUCAUCACGCGGCACGCCGUCAACCAGCAGCCGCACCUCUUCGCCGGCGUCCUCUUCUGCGGCACGCCCAUGCGGUGCAUCAACAUCCUCGGCCCGCUGCGCAACGGCGACGCCGUGCUCUUCAACGACAAGCUGCUGACGGCGCAGGUCAACUUUAGCAUCCGCACCUCCUUCACGCUGCUGCCCGACGACGGCUUCUGCUUCGUCGACCGCGAGACGGGCGAGCCGUACCCCGUCGACUUCUUCGACCCCGACAGCUGGGUCAAGUGGCGUCUCAGCCCGUGUGUCGCGCCUCCGCUGCCGCCGUAUAAUCGAUCUGCGGGACACUCUCCCCUGGCCAACUUGUUUCCCAAGAACUCCUUCAACAACAACUCAUCCUCAACCUCCACUAACUCCUACUCGAGUGAAAACAAGAACAACAACAACAACAACAACAACUCCCCCCCGUCGCCUCCCCCGCCAACAACCAUCGACCCCGAGCGCUUCCGCCGCAACUACGACUACCUCGCCCGCGUCCUCGCCGCGACGAAGCAGUUCCGCUCCGAGCUCGCCCACAACCCGACCCACCAGCUGUGCAACGCCUACCCGCCCCUGGCCGUCAUCUACUCCAAGAGCAUCCCGACGGUGUACGCCGCGCGGGUCAGCGGGCGCGAGGCGAUCCCCUGCGCCGACGCCUACGACGACCUGGUGUUUCGCCCGGGCGACGGCGUGGUGCUGGCCAAGGAGAGCAUGCUGCCGGAGGGCUACUCGCUCGCCAAGGGCGGCAGGGUGAGCACCGAGAGGGGCCACGUCUCCAUGAUGGGGGACCUGCCGGCGCUGGCAAAGGGCUUGGGGGCGCUGGUGAGGGGGAGGAGGAAGGGGAUUGGGUAUGGGGCUCUGAGCGCCGCGGGGCUGGAGUAA